GGGACCUUGACUUUUCUUUCCGUCGUUCUUUUGUGUCCACACGGACAGUCACUCUUUUCGUCCUGUUGCAAGGGCAGUCACUCAUUACUUCGGCCCAACUAAAUACCUUCUUUAUCUUAUACGACUAAGCUACCAGCCAACAUGGUUAAUCUUCUCCAACGUGGAGUGGCCACCGGCCUUUUGGCCUCCCUUUUUGUCCAGCAGGGUCUUUCUCUGGACCUAGAAGCCAUCAACCCGUAUGCAUCAAGCACGACGACUCAGGUGAAGAUUGCAGGGUCCGCUGCCGAGAGUACAACUUCAGAUUACUCCUCCAUCGAUCUUCAGAGCAGCCACUCGUUCUACUGGGGUGCCAGCAGCGGCAGUGGAUAUACCCUGGGCAACCUUACUGUCGACAAGUCUGGCGACAACGAGAGCCUUCUUGCGAUGGAGUAUUUCACUGAUUUACUCACGAACGUUACAUGUACCAACUCGAGCAUGACCCUUGGAUUCUCGGACUCCGACGCAUACUCUUAUGCGAAGAGCUCAUGGUCUUGGGUUAAUGGCGCCAAUAACCGCACUUUUGUCGUCGUGGCCGGUGCUGGCCAGUGUGGAUGGAACACCGAUCGUCUUCCUUUCAUCAUUUCGGCCGCCAGCUUCCGUGACGAUACUACUGCGGCAAGACUAACCGGCAACGCAUCCACCUGGGAUAGUGUCUUGGGCGCUUUCGAGCUCACACUUGGCCCAGCCCCAAGCGACAUGGAAAUUUCCAUCACUAAGCGAGGCACUGAGAGCAAAACUAUUAGCUUCGAUCACUCUUUGCCCAGCACGUCAGUGAAGGUGCUUUCGGAAGAUAGUCUCGACCUGAGCGUCGAAUGCAAAGACUGCGAGACCAAGGGGUCGUUCGACUUCGUGUUCACCUACAAGGUGGACAUCUCUUGGUCCGACCUUUUCUCGAGUGACAAGAAACUUGGGACUGCCAACUUCAAGAUCACUCCCAAGGACGUCUCUAUGGACAUCACCCCGACACUGGAUCUGAGCGGAAACUUGACCAAGUCCUAUUCGAAAGAGGCCGAGCUUGUCUCGAUUCCCCUUGACGGGGUCAGCAUCAAGGAUCUUCUUGACAUCGGCCCUUCCCUUGUGUUCGCGGUGGGUGCCAGCGCUGGUCCCGUUAACGGCGACGCUACCAUCGGUUACGGCCUUUCUUUCGACAUUUCCAACGAUGCCACGGCUGAGCUUGAUAUCGUGGCCGAGAAGGCCACAGCCUCCGGCUGGAGCCCGACUGUAACCACCACCGGUGUCACGCUCGAUGCCGAGAUUGAUGCCACUGUUGAGGUUUACCUGAAGGCAUCCCUCGAGCUGUCCCUCUCGAUUCUCAAGUGGGGAUAUGAGGCAGGGAUCUACCUCAAGCCUUACGUCGGAGCCGACUUCUCCAUCGAAGCUUCCACCAGCAGCGUCUGCGAGAAGGAGAACAAGGACUACCACUACGCUAUCGGAGUGCAGCCCUCCGCUGGGCUCACCCUCGAUGCCGAUGUGGCGAAGGAGAGCGACCAGGCGAACCCGAUCGCCGACGUGACCAUUGCAUCCCUCACCAAGUCGAUGUCGUCAACCUGCUUCGGCUUCGGUAGUAUCACAACCAAAACGACCACAUCCGAGAAGACCUCUACCACCGAGAGCAAAUCCACCUCCACGGACAAGACCACUGAUACCAAGACUACCGAUACCAAGUCAACCGACACCAAGUCCACCUCGACCGAGUCGAAGACCAGCUCCAGCUCGACCAAGUCCCACCCCAGCAGCGCCUCUGCGAGCGCCACUGCCCACUCUUCCAGCCACUCUCACUCUCACUCCGCGUCGGCGUCGGCGUCGGCGUCCAGCAAGGCCAAGAGCAGCACCUCCGUGACUGCCACCUCCCACGCGGAGACCACGACGAAGGACUCCUGCUCGAGCCAGGUCACCCCCAGCUCCUCCGCCACCUACAGCGUGCACAACCACGCUCGCGGCUACAGAAACCACGGCCGGAUCUAAGUUGUCCCUUUACCAGAAGAUACGAGGUACUGAUAACUGCCUUAAUACCUAUACCAGACUCUGUACAUGUUAUGA